AAUUCAACUCAGUACUUCUGCAUAGUGUAGAGAAGUGCUAACAUAUUAACGAUGAUGGCGUUUUCAAUACACUCGCCAAAUUUUUCUACGUACUUUCUGUUGAUUUGUUCAUCGCUUUUUGGAGUGUCGUUUCAAGAAACGAGGGUUUCGACAAAAAAUAUGAAGUUCCAGCUGAAUUCUGGCGAUUCCAUACCUGCUGUAGGAUUUGGAACUUUCCUAAUUGAAGAUACCGAAUUAGUUCAUAAUAUACUCGAUACUGCUCUGUCUGUUGGAUACAGACUUAUAGAUACUGCAGCUUACUAUGAAAAUGAGGAAGCUAUUGGAAAGGCUCUCAAAGUACUUCUUCCUAAAUAUAACCUCACCAGAAGCGACAUUUUUAUCACAACAAAAUUGCACCCCAGCAACAGGGGAGAAAAGGCAUACGAAGGACUACAACAAUCCUUGAGAUAUUUGGAUUGUGAAUAUAUCGAUUUAUAUCUGUUACAUUGGCCUGGGGUUGAUGGAGAAAAUUUAACGAGAAGUGAAGUGAAAAAAUCACGUGACGACGGUUGGCAACAGCUAGUUAGAGGCAAGAAAGAUGGUUUAACUAGAAACAUUGGAGUAUCCAACUACAACAUCAGGCAUUUAACUGCUUUAUUGAAGAAUAAUCAUGGGAUAAGGCCAGCACUGAAUCAG